CGCGCAAAAUGGCCGAAUGUGCAAGGAAACGUAAACGUGACAAAAUUUUAGAAGUCAGUGAAGAAUUCGAUCCAAUUUUUAGAUCAUUCUUGGCAAAGCAGGACAAAAAAGAUGAGCUUGAACAGGCUUUGAUUGCAGUGAAAAGGGGAAUAUGGGCAUUAAAUCUCGCCUCAUUACAUAUCGACGACUGCAAUGCUCGUUCAAAUACAUAUUUCUCGUCGGCAACAUUAUCUACUACUCCAAUUAAAUGGGAAAACGACGGGAGCCAAGCAAAAGGGGUCGCUUUUGGAGAAACUUUUCAAGUUGGUGUUGAUGUGUUGGAAAAUUUUUUGAGUGAAUCGCCUAAAAUACCAGCAGAUAAACAGAAGCGAACUGCUCUGCAGAAACUUAUAAAGUUUCUGAUUGAAAACGAUCAUCAAUCUUUGUUUGAGAAGCAGAACAGUGAGGCAAACUGGUGUGUGACAGUUGCGCAGCAUCUGUUGUCCGAACUUGCAGUUAAUAGCACCUAUACCGUUUCUGCUCACCCCAAUCCACGCCGGUGUCCAUGUGGACAGGAAGAUGUUUUAGUUGGUAUAGUAGGAGAUACUAGCUUUGGUUGUAGGAAAGGAUGGCAUGGACAGACAGACAUUAUUAUGGAGGAAGGCCUGCCCAUCUCAGUGAUUCAAAAUAGUUCAUAUGGAGAACAGCUGGAUGACCUAACAGUUAAUGAAUUUGACGAUAGUGCAUCUGAGGACAUAUCUUUUUCCUCAUUUGAAAAUAAAGCGAGACCAGAUUUCCGUGAAAAAGAUACAAUGAAGAUUAUGGCUGAGACCAUUGUAUUUUCGUUUUUGCAGCAGAAAUUAAACAAAGGAAUUUUGAAAAAUACUUUAAUACCAGGAAUAGGAAUCUCUGGUCAGAGUUUACUGCUAAUUUUUUAUGACUCGGUCAAUGAUGUACUAAUCUCAAGUAAGCCAAAGCAACUUUUCCACCAAAACACCAUUAAUUGUUUAUCAGUUUUAGCUCUUUGGCUUACACUCAACUAUAGACUCUUCUGUACAGGAGUUACAGAAAGAAUGAAAAAGUAUAAAGCAGACUUCUUCAGAAGGGUUGAUGGCCGUCUGGGAGAAUACACUGAUGAAGUAGAAAGACCGCUUCUCUUGCAACCAAAUACACAAGACGAUCUGUUUCCAUGGUCACCGGCUGCAAGAGCUUAUGAAACAUCUGAAACUGAUGUAAAUUAUUUGUUGUUAGAGCCAGAUUCUCCAAAGUCAUAGAAGCCAGACAGCAGUUAGAUCAUAGUAUCUUAAUUUGUCAUAAUAAAAACAACAACCAUUGGUAAAAAGCAUAGCUUUUUGUGAUUUAGUUGUAAAUAUUAAAUGCCGUUGAAGUCAUUUUAGUUAAAUAAAGAAAAGAUAAUGAAUUA